AUGAGCACGGAGCAGCACAAGCAGCAGCAGCCGGCGGCUGUGUUUGUGAAUGGGGUGAACGUGGCGGAGAUGUUUGAGCUGAUACAAGAGCAGCAGAGCAUGUUGCGAGACCUGGAUCGCGUGAACACGAACCAAGCACGGCAGCUGAGCUCCUUGGACCGCCAGCUGUGCGACAUCACACCACCGACCGUGGACACCACAACCAUCACGGGGCUCGGCACCACGUCAACAUUCAAGUGGUCGGAUGGUGUCUUGGCCACAAACGGCCUCAUUUACUUCACGCCGUUGAACGCCGACGCUGUGCUCAUCCUUGACCCAAGCACCAACAGUGCUGACACUACGACAAUGUCUGGCUUCUCGAGCGAUGGAGAGAAAUGGGGUGCCGGCGUGCUUGGCGACAACGGCCUCAUUUAUGGCAUCCCAUACACUGAGACGUCGAUCCUCAUCAUCAACCCGACGACCAAUACAACCGACACAACAAGUAUUGCACAACUAUCCAGUGGUGGCGGCAAGUGGCUGAGUGGCGUUGCGGCUGACAACGGCCUCAUCUAUGGCAUACCGUGGAAUUCGUUCUUCGUCCUGAUCAUCGACCCUGUCGCAGGGUCAGCGGACACGUCGACCAUUGGUAGUGGCUUUGGAACAGCCAAGUGGUUUGGUGGCGUGCAAGCGCCCAACGGCCUGAUCUACGCGGCCCCCACCUCUGCAUCCAGCGUGCUCAUCAUCGACCCUGUGACCAACACGGCAGACACGACGAGCAUCUCCCCGAUUGUCGGCGAAUACAAGUGGCGCGGCACUGUGCUUGCUGGCAAUGGGCUCAUCUAUGGCAUACCACAUGUGGCCUCCUCUGUCCUCAUCAUUGACCCAGCUGACCACACAGCUGACACCAGCACGCUGAGUGGCUUGUCCACGGAUGAUCGGAAGUGGAGCGGCGGUGUGCUUGCAAGCAACGGCCUCAUCGUCGGCAUUCCGUUGAAUGCUGGCUCCGUUCUCAUCAUUGAUCCCACGACCAACACCGUGGAUACAAGCACGCUAGCUGUUUCCACAGACGUGGUCAAGUGGGGUGCUGGCGUGCUCGCAAGCAACGGGCUCAUCUAUGGCGUGCCGGCACGCGUGAACCGGUAUGCGAGCAUGCGCAGCAAGCGGAGUGUGCGAGCGCGCCAGCCAAGUCGCGGCAAGUUCAUGCGCCAGAGCGUGCGGUCUCGCAGCAACACGGUGUCGACGUCGUCACAGCAGGGCAACCGGCCCCUCUCCUUCUACGACAACAUGCCCGUCAGCGCGUUUGUCGCUGGCGGUGCGACCACCACAGCACACGCGGGGACCAUGAUGACAAGCCCGCAGGGUGAGCCACGUGCACGUGUGCAGUCCACAAGCAGCGGCACAGGCGGCGCACGCAAGUUUGCAAUUGUGUGA